AUCUCUCUUUAUUCCUCCCCAUCUUUUUUCCCUUCCUUCUUUCCCAUCCUCUCCCUUUCUCUCUUUUCCUUCCUUUAUCUCAUUUCUUCCUUCCUCUUCUCUCUUUCCUUCCUUCCUCUCUUUUUCGUCCUCCCUUCUCCUCUUCUUCUCUCUCUCUUUCUUUCCUUCCUUCCUGUCCUCUCUCCUUUUUUCUUGUAUCUCUCCUCCUCUCCAUCUCUUUCUAAUCACUCCCCCUCUCUAUCUCUUUCUAUCCAUCUCCCUCCCCCUCUCUAUCUCUUUCUAUCCAUCUCCCUCCCCCUCUCUAUCUCUUUCUAUCCAUCUCCCUCCCUCUCUGUCUCCCACUCGUUCUAUCUCCCUCUCUGUCAGUAUCUGUCUCCCUCUCUCUCACCGCCUCUCUCGCCCCCCCCCGCUCCGCUGGUUCGCCCCCGGCGGCCGCGUACACGCCCUGUGCCGGGCUGCAGGCGAGCGAUGCCGGCGGACCAGACGGAGCCUGCAGCGGAGAGGGGCUCCGGCACUGGGGCGGCAAACUACGCUGCCCGGGCCGGCUACCCAGCGCCGUUCACCGGGGGAGUUGCUUUGCUUCAAGACGCUGCUGCCUCCGAUGACUGAAUUUGCAAUGGAUGGGAAAGAAUUAAUUCUUCCAGAAUGCUCUGACCAUCGAAAAGAAAACUGCUCAAUGGUCAAUAACGGUGAGACGUUCUCUUCACCAGAUAGUAAAUCGUCGGAUGACGGGCGAUGUAACGUUAUUAGCGGUGGAGGGGCAGAAUACACGAAGGAUGCAGCAGUGCGUUCAGUCGGCUCACUCUCACCGUCCAAAAAAGCGCCGAGCGAUGACUUUUGGAUGGGUUCAGCUUCAUCACCGUAUUCCAUGGACAGUAAGAAAAGUAAAUUUGGCUUCCAAACGCCAAGUUCGCAGAGUCAUAACACACAUACUGAAGAUGAAUGCGCCUCUCUCAUCCUGACCUGUCUGUUUUGCCAGUUUUACGAUUUUCUGCUCAUGCUACCUCACACAUGCGCACAUCUCUGGACCCGCACAUGUUGCUACGACUGCCACAAAUAUAGCACUGACGUGAGCAACAGCACCUGUGAUUGUAACUGCAAGUGUGAUUUUGACUGUGGUCUGUUUGACGCCUGUCAGGAAACCAGUGACUGCUUGGAACUGGCUUUAGAAAUUUCUGAAGUUUGUUAUCGUUGAACGUUCUCAUGGACAUGAAAUCACUGUCUGGAUACCUAGUUGCACACUCCCCUUCUCUCUCUCUCUCUCUACUAGAGCAAGUGCUGUACAACGAGGUCACCGUUGCAAGUUUAAACACUGUGAAUUCAAGCAUUUUUUUCUGAAAAUAUCUAAAAUAAACCUGUGUUCCAGCUUUGCUUAGUGUUCUAAAUUGUCUGUAUAUAUCAUAUAAUAACGCUGUAAUGCCAGAUCACUUUAUUUUCUCUGUCCUCAGCCCUUGGUAUGGUUAAGAAAGCCACUGUGGUGAAUGACUGUUGGGGUGGCUAAUGUCGUGAAACUCUGCUCCAGUGUUAAUCCAUCUCCAAUAUCACAUCAUGUGGAUUGAGUAUGAUGAUUGAGUAUCAUCAGCAACUGUAGACUAGGGAAGACACUGGGUGCUACAGUCUGCAGUCAGAAGAAGGGUCUCGACCCGAAACGCCGCCUAUUCCUUUUCUCCAGCGAUGCACCCUGACCCGCUGAGUUACUCCAACAUUUUGACGUCUAUCUUCGGUACAAACCAGCAUCUGCAGUUCCUCCCCACACACAUAGUCUACACUGUACGGACUGCAAAAGCACGAAGGAAAGUUGUGAAAAUUGAGUCAAUUGUUCUGAAUGUUGUGGUCUUUGCUUUCUUUAAUAACCACAAGGGGAUAAACCUUUGGCUCCCAACCUUGGCUACAAAUUUUGAGUAUUUAACAGCAUGUUUACAGAAAAUGAGACCACCGAGAAUGAAGUGGGACCACAAAUGGUUUGUGUGUAAAUUUGUUGGCAAUGCCAAAGAAAGAAUAUUACUGUGACUUGGCACACGUGACAAUAAAGUACCAUUCAUUCAUUCAUUCAUUCAUUCAUUUAUACUGUAUGCCUUGAUAUCGUAUGGAUAAUUUCUGGUUAGGAUAUUUCAGAUACUUAAGAAGUUAAAGGAAAGUUAUUGAUAGUUGAGCACUGAAUUUCAAAACAGAUUUUUUUUAAAUAUACUGCACUUAAAAUUACACAAGGGAAUAUUUGAGAAUUUAGAUGUCAUUUCAUAUUAAUGUGGCACAAGACAUGUAGCGUUUUCAACGGUAAAACUGAUGAAUAAUCAUACUUCUCUGACAUGUUGAUGCAAGUAUUCAAGAUCUUUGCAAGGAGUUUGGCUGUGUUAUCUUAUGCAUCUUUUUCUUUUAUCAUCAACUGUAUAAAUAAAGAUAUAGAUACUA